AUGUCAGGCGGCGUUGGCCCACCCAGCGACAUACCCAUCCAACCGGACGCUCCCCACCCUUCCGCCGGCGGCGGCCGGAGCUUCCUCACCCUCCGGCUUCUGAACGCCCUCGCGGUGGCCGUGGUCCUCUCCGCCAGCGGCAUGGUCACCGUCCAGGACGUGGCCUUCGUGGUCUUCUCCGUCUUCUACUUCUACUUUAUCUCCCGAGUCGCCUUCCCACUCGCCGGAUCUGACCGGGAUCCGCCGGUCUUCGGCGGCAGAGGCGCUCUUCUGACGGCGUACUCCCUGGUGGGGUAUGUGGUGGGGCUUUUCCUGCCGGCGGCGUACAUCUGCGAGGGCGUGUACGAGGGGGACAGGGAGGGAAUUAAGGCCGCCGCCCCUCACGUGUUCCUGCUGGCCAGUCAGAUCUUCAUGGAGGGUGUGGCGGCGGCGGCGGAGUUCUCGUUGCCGGUGAGGGUGCUGGUGCCGGUCGUGUACAACUCGAUGAGGGUGCUCAGCGUCGUGGAGUGGCUGAGGAAUGAGAUCUCCAAGGCGGAGGCCGGCAGCGUGCGGAGGCUGGCCGUGGGGAGAGGGCUGGCCGCGGCCAAUUUGGCGUAUUGGGGGUUUAAUCUGUUCGGGUUCCUGUUGCCGGUUUAUAUGCCCAAGGCUUUCAAGGCCUAUUACUCCAAGAUCAAGGACUGA